AUGCUAACACUGCGGCCCGCCAUCGGGCUGAUUUGCAGAAUGGAGCCUGCGGCUGCACUGCGAAUUAGACCCCCGAUUUUCACCACCAAUCGACCGUUCUGGGGCUACGUGAACAUGAUGUUUAAUCGUGUCGAUCGCGCCAGACUAAAGAAAGUGGGACCGGAUCGGUUGUGUGCCGAGUGGUUGCUGAAGAAUGGAGCGCGAGCGAAAUUCGUCAAAGACACCCGAACUCACGUGCACUUUAACGCACUGCCAGAGGAGUCGUUGCCGGUGCUGAUGGAGGAACUGGACGGAACCGAUUCCGGUAUCAUGCACAUCGGAUUCGAUCAUCUGGAAGGAUUGACGCGCCUCCGCAAGGUGGUGCUGCAUAAUGCCGUUUACAUCGACGAUCAGGCGCUCUCCAAACUGCGCUACGUAGCCAACACGCUCGAGGAGGUGCAAGUUUCAAAGUGCGCCAAUGUAACCGAUCACGGAUUAAUGGAACUGAAGCACCUACCGAAGCUGCGCCAGGUGACAACGUUCGAAUUGGGGGAUGUGAAAAAUAUCCAAAAGGUGGAGGAAAACCUGAAAGCAGCUCUACCCGCCUGCCAGUUUGAUAUGAAACCGUGAAAAUACUUUCAAAUCUCUGUAAAGUCUUGAAACUGGUCCACCCAAAUCAGCCCAAAACAGUCCCAAAGAGAUUAUACUCGUUAGAGAAGAAAUAACAAAAGAGCAACUUCGUAGAAAUUUCAAUUCCUGAAGAAAUUGUCGAAAGUG